AUGCCAGCGGUAGUGGCGGUGGAGGCCCCAGAAGAGGCCUGGUGGAACGCCCCCGCGGGGGCGCUCCGCCCCUCGCGCCUCCGCCGACCUCCGGGCGGCGGGACGCCGAACCUGCAGGGCCGCCGCGAGGCGUGCCUCGCCGCGCACGCCGCCGCCGUGCGCGCGGCCGCGGCGGCCGCCGGGGGGCGCCCCGUGUGGCUCGCGGGCGUGUCUUUCGGCGCGCGCUGCGCGGCCGAGCUGCUGGCGGGCGGCGCUCCCGGCGGCCUGCCGCGGGGCGUGCGAGGCCUGAUCGCGUUUGGGUACCCGCUGGUCGCCGUGGGGGACCAGCGCGAGCCCGACCCGAAGAGGCGCAAGCAGGACCGCGGGGCCACACUGCUGCGGCUGCCGGCCACGGCCCAGGUGCUGCUCGUCAGCAGCGAGAGGGACCCCUUCCUCGGCGGCGACGGGGGCGCCGAGCUGAAGAGGCUGGCGAAGAGGACGAGGGCAAAGUGCGUGCUGCACCUACUGUCGGGCAGGGACCACAACCCGGGCUCGACAUGGUACGGCAGGGUGAUGCGGGGUGAGGUGGACCGGACAGGGCAGGGCGAGGGCGUGUGGAAUCGAGCAGGGCAAUGCCCUGCUGCCUCGGGCCUGCUCCCGAUGACGGCCGUGCCGCUCUGCGCGAGAUGGGCUGUUCAGUUUGUGUCUGUGGUUCGUGACGAAGGUCCGCCCUACUGGCUGAUCUAUAGGAGCUCGAAGAAGGACAAGAAGCGCGACCGGAAGGAAAAGGAUGCGGAGAAGAAGAAAAUGUUGAUGGCCAAGAUCGCGGACAAUUGGAAGAGACGAGAGAAAGACGAAGCCGAGUGGCACGGUUGGAUUUGCCCCUGCGGGACCAAGAACCUGACCAUGCGGGCGAGGUGUUAUUCCUGCAUGCAGGUGAAGCCACUGACUGCCAUGGCCAGGGGGCUCGGCUCCGCCGUGGCAGACAUCGAGCGGUCCCGUGGCUUGCGCCAGGAGGAGAAGAAGGAGGCGCAGCCGUCUCCCUCGAGGAGCCGGAGCGGCUCGAGCUCGGAGCGGCGCAGCCGCAGCGGCAAGCCGAGAAGGUCGCGCAGCCGCUCCUCGAGGAGGAGGAGAUCUGCCUCCAGCUCGGUGCAGGAGGUGGGGGACCGAGCACCUGAAGCCAGACCAGAAGUUCUGCGCGCCAAGCGGGAGGCGAUGGACCAGCUGAAGGACAUCAACGACAUGUCCGAUCCUCAGGAGAAGGCGAAGGCGUUCCGAAAGUUGUUGCGCGCCUGGCACCCGGACAAGAACCCUGAGAGGGUCGAGGUGGCGAAGGAGGUGUUCCAGUUUCUGCAAAAGGCGGGCAAGCUGUAG